GUCGUGGCUUUUGGGCAUGAAGCGCGGAACAAGCGAGGAGGCCGACGGCGCUGCCGCCCCCGACGGAUGGGUCGUGCGAAUGUCUGCAUCUAAGAAGAAACCGUACUACUUGCAUGUAGCAACAAACAAGACACAGUGGCAUCACCCGAACGAGGACAAGGCAGCAAAGAAGAAGGCUCGAGGUGAUGGCAGCGCUGUGGACCAUGCGCUCAACAUGGCCGUCAGGCGCGCGUUUCGCGUGGGUGGUACGAAUGUAUCGACCAAGACAGCGCCAUUGUUGCUUUUCCAGCCAUGGCCUCAUCAAGUUCGUGCUGUCGCCAAGGUGGUUGCGGCCAUCGCGGAGGACACUGCAUCGUCGACGUCCGACGCUUUCACCGACUUUCUCAUUCAACACAGCACGGGAUCAGGCAAGUCAUACACGAUUGCGUGCUUGGCGCACCAGCUUCUGUACGCCAAGGACAAGGCAGGUGGCGGGUUUCACACCGUCAUCAUCUUGGUCGACCGCAUCAAACUGGACCAGCAGCUGGGCGACACGGUCGAGUCGUUUUUGCACCGAAAUGGUGUAGAAUCCGUGUUCCGGGCAGAAACGAUCGAGCACUUGAGCACGGUCGUCGGGAUGGCCAACGUCGACCAAAAGGUCCUUGUGACAACAACGCACAAGUUGUCGCUACUCGUCCAGGACAAAGUGCUUCUUGCGCGGUUGCUCGCCAAUUCAUCCAAGAUGUCUGGUGCUGCCACAUCGCUCGUACACGUGGCCAUCAUAGCCGACGAAGUCCAUCGAUCGCACACGGCGUCGACGCGUGACGCGGUCUCGACCAUUCUCGACGCUCUUCGCCACAAGACAUACUACAUUGGGUUCUCUGCGACACCCAGUCACCACACACUUCGGCUCUUUGGCCGCCCCGAUCGCACGGCAACGCUGCGGCCAUUCGACUGCCAUUCCAUCGCUCAAGCCGUCGAAGCCGGGCAAAUUGUCAACGUGCUCGAGCACUUUACCAGUUUGUCGUGCACGUACACGAUCGACAAACCAACGGACUGCCAAGAUCACGAAGUCGACUCGUGGCUUGCAAUGGAGCUCGCCUCGUCGUGCGAUGCGAUGCUUCAAUCAAAAGCACACUCGAUGAUGCAUCACUUUGUCUACACGUGCAAAGCCAAGCACGUUUUUGCCAAGUGCCUUGUGGUAGCGCGGAAUCGCAAACACGUCGUGGCCUACCACCGCCUCCUCUCGGGCUACAUGAAAUCCCAGAACCUUCCCGGUCGAGUGUUCUGCACCUUUAGUCCGUACGAUAACGUGCACGAAAACCAGUUCAACACGUGCACGCUGUCUCAAGCCGACGUGAUUGUCGUGUGUGAUAAACUCGACACUGGAUAUAACGAACCCGCGCUCGUUGCCAUGUACAUCGAUCGGCCACUGGUCGCGCACGGGCGGAUCGUCCAGCUCCUGUCCCGGUUGAAUCGGUGCCGCGACGGCAAGUCUGGCGUGUUUGUCCUCGAUUACGCCAACCAUCCAGCCCAAAUUCGACGCGCAUUUGACGAGUUUGCACAUGAAGCCGUGGCUCCGUCAAAUCAAAAACCUGACAUGGCCAAGGUGGAGCUGGAUUUCCAGACCGCUUGCCUCGUGCUGUGGACCACGCUGCCUGGCAUUGUGCUGGACGCCCACCAGCACAAACGUCGCCAGCCAACCGAUACGUUACCCGUGGACGAUCUUGUCCAUCGCCUGAGUCGAUGCAGCAAGGACACGUACAUGCAAAUCAAGCAUGCGCUGGGUAUGUUGGUCGAAGCAGCCGAACUUCUCGACCGAGACGCGCCAUAUUUACCAAGACAGUGGGUGAUGGAACUUUACCGCCGACUAGUCGACCAAGUGUGCGCGGUCAAAUCGCACGGCGAAGACACCUGCGACAAAACUUGCGAUUGCCACGCCGUGCGGCGCCACCUACGCAUCACCAACGUGGGGUUUGACUUGAUAUAUCAUGGCAACUUGUGGACGAACACCAAGCUCAACACAUUGUAUCGCGCAUUGAUCAGCUCAUGCCACGUAGAUGAAGUGGCAAUGGGCAACACGAUGGAGCCACACGACCGCCUCGACGACCUUUUGUUCGCUUUGAGGUCGCCCCACGCCGUCUAGUCUGCAAAGAGUUUUGACGCUUGGAGCUGGGGAAUGACAAAUGGGCGAAUGCCCUCGAAAACACGAGCCAGAAACGACGAACCACCGAGCCGAGUCUUGACCGCCACAGAAUAGACAUGG